UUUUGCGAAGAUAUGAAAUUACUCUUCCUUGCUUGUCUCAGCCCCAAAACUGGGAACCACACCACAGCUGAGAGAAUAAGGUCCCAGAUUGAAUCAGCAGGACACACCUGUGAGCUCAGAGAUGCAGCAGCAUUUCAGUCUCCUGCUGAGGUGGCAAAUCUAAUAUCUCGUCAUCCUCCGUUUGAGGGUGCGCUGGCUAUUCAUCUGUUCAGAGCAGGCAGCCUUCUCUUAGACACCCAAGUACCCUUUGGCGUGAUCUUUGGCGGAACAGAUAUAAAUGAAGAUGUGAAAGUUGAGCGGAAGCGUGUGGUUAUGGAGCAGGUGCUACUAAAAGCCAGGUUUGCGGUUGCAUUUACGGACAAACUGAAAGAAAAGGCAGAGUUAUUUUUGCUGUCCCAGAGCAGUAAAAUCUAUGUCCAGCCCCAAGGCAUCGAGACGGAAGUGAGUGAGAAAUUCUGCUGGGCUGAAUUCUUGAGGAGCUCAGGUGUAAGGAGUGAGCACGUGGAUGAGCUGCGUGUCUUCCUGUUGGUCUGUGGUCUCAGGAGAGUCAAGGACCCCCUUUAUCUGGUGGAGGUUUUUUCAGAGUGGCAUCGCGAGAACCCGCUGAAUGUGUUGGUAGUGAUUGGACCACGGAUCGAUCCUGUUUUUACUGUUGAAGUGGAAGCAGUUGUUAGUAGGACAGCAGGGGUCUUCUUGGCCCAGGAGAGGAGCCAACGGGAGCUGCACGCUGCCAUGAAAAGGUGCUUCACUGUGGUUAACAGCUCCGUCUCAGAGGGCAUGUCAGCGGCCAUUUUGGAGGCCAUGGAUCUGGGGGUACCUGUGUUGGCCAGGGACAUCCCAGGAAAUGCAGCAGUAGUUCACCAUGAGGUCACUGGCCUGCUAUACUCGUCUCCUCAGGAAUUUGUGCAUCAAUCUCAGAGGGUGUUGUCAGAUCAUGAGCUGAGAGAGAGAGUGGUGAGGAAUGGAAAAGUCUACGUGGAAGAGCAUCACAGCCUGAAACAGGAGAGAGAAACCUACCAGCGGCUGGUGGACACUCUGCUCUCAGCGUAAGGUCACAGCGUUCAACCUCACUCUGUGUACUUUUCUCAGGGACUGCAGCGACAGAGAGCAGGCCAACACAACGGUUUAUUUAUAGGUUAAAUUAUCACAGAUGUCUCUUUUCCCAGUAUUUUAAGAAAUCAGGCUACAAAGACGCUGCACAGAAUAAUCCUGUUUUAUCUGAUCUGUCAGAUUGAAAUUAUGCUGCAGGGCACUUUGAACCAGAAGAGAAACUGUUGUCUUCUUAAAAUAUUUUAUGCAUUUGAAAGUGAUGAUGUACUGUUAUUUAUGGUUUGGUUUGAAUAUCAAAAGGCGUGGGUUCUCUGUUUUUUUUCAUUCUACUUAAUAAAAGAAGAA